AUGGACAGCCAAAUGCUCCACAUGCUCAUGGCCACUGUUGAGCUAGUGAAUGCAAACCUCGACACUGCGCCCGGUUCCUGGAGAGAUCAACUUCCGGCCAUCCGAAACAUCACCACCUCGUUUGAGAUUUCUGAUACAGCUCCCGAACAAUCUCCUAGGUGUUGGCAAAUUCCCCAUGUCACUGUCGUCCAGCGGGUAGCAUUCGCGGAUGCGGACAACGGCCCUAUCCCGGACAUAGCCGACUGGUGUCUACGGCAAUUGCUGACCCUACUGGCAUUGUACCCUCGAGAUGCCGAGAUUCUAGCUUUCACGGUGAUCGGCCGGCAUUGGCUGUUACGAGCGCAAAAAGCACUGGCAAGCAUCGCCCGAGCGGAAAGUGAGCUUCACAGCAAUGAAGAGAGCAGCCCCUAUCCGCUCCAAUCUGCAAAGCAACCUCUAGUCGAGACUCAAGAGCGUAUAAACAAUGCAGACUAUGUUGAGGCACGGGCGUUACUGGUACCAGCAACUGACUACCUCCAAUCUGCCGUGGAUGCAGCGAGAGAAAAAGGACAACUGACUGGGCAUUUGCUUUUGACAGCAAGUACCCUUCCAUUCACUCAGAUUUUCCAACGCUAA